AUGGAUCACAGAGGUCUUUAUUGUCCAGGCGAGUUGGACGUGUUGUAUCAGGACCGGAAUAGAUCAGAGGCUACAAUUUGUCUCCCAUCGCCCUCACCUGCAAAGCGAGGAUCAUCUUACUACCCGGCCGGCCCAAAGGUCCUAGAAGAGUCAAAUCUCGAUCCCUUUUACCUCGAAGAAUCAUUGGCUGCCACACCAUCUUGGAAUCCUUACACAUCGGACAUGCGCAAUGAUAGUUUUGAAGACGAAAACCAAUACUACACCCUAUCCUUGACCCACAACAAGGACAUCCGGAACCCAUUACAUUACCCCGGACCAGAUCGCUCCACACUCGCACAAGUAGAGUUGGAGAACAGCUUGAGAUUCCACCGAUAUACUCCCUCGACGGAGGAACGCAGCCCGCUGCACAGCAGCCAGGUCUCGUUCAGCUCCGUUCAAACAGACAGCACCACUCCCGACUUGACGCCUAGCACCUCUUUCUCUUCUUCCUACGAUUCAUCUAGCUGCCCUGACGCCGUCCUUGAGGCGACUCAGCAGCUGUACAAGCACGCACAACAGGACCAGGUCCAGAUUGAGCCCCGUCGCCGCUUCUAUCUCCCUGCCUCUACACCACCUACAUACUCUCUUCCCCCUCCACCUCCCCCGCCGGUGGCUCCUCUUAACCCGGCGGAUACCCGUCCAACUACACCUUGCUUCCAACACUCAAACGACUCUACUACUACCAUCACCAUGGGCUACGAGGAUAUUACAGGUUCCUGCUCCUCGCGGUCCCGCCGCAGGAAGGCGCCUCCUGCCGUUCUCAACCUGUCGCGUGCCGGAAGUUCCCCAAGCGCAGCCCGUCGGAAGCAAUCCAGUCCUGGAACCCGCCCUCCCCUAGAUGCUUCAAUGAUCUCCCCUCCAUGCUUGAUCAACCCCGUUACCAUGGAACCUCACAUGACCCACUUUGACCACCCUCUCUUCAUCCCCGCCAACGACUGCCCUAGUCCCGUUCCUAGCCCAGUGGCUAGCUCCCCCCCAUCUCCCGCCAGUGGACCGCAACCUCAAUGGAGCGGCCUUCAAUUUCUACUAUCGAUGCCUUCUGCGAGCAAUCCGUAUGGGAGUCCGAUUCCGAUUGCGAGUCUGCUGGCCGUAAAUCCAUGUCUCGCCGGCCCAUAG